CGCCCGUCGAGGUCACGAAGAUAUCAUGCUCGCCCGGUCGCUUCGCUCCAAGGUCGUCCAGCGGGCGACGGCGCGCUGGUCGCGUGGCUUCGCCGCUGGCAGCUACGACGAGAUCCUCAACGCGGAGCGUGAAGGCAUGGACUACGACGUCGUGCUUGUCGGCGCGGGCCCUGCGAGUCUCUCGGCGGCCAUCCGCCUCAAGCAGCUCAGCCUCGAGAAGGGCACGGACCUCUCGGUGUGCGUCGUCGAGAAGGGCGCCGAGGUCGGCUCACACAUCGUGUCGGGCAAUGUGUUUGAGCCCCAUGCGCUCAACGAAUUGAUCCCGGACUGGAAGGAGAAGGGCGCGCCGCUCGACACGCCGGUCACGACCGAUAGCUUUCUUAUCAUCUCGAAGGAAAAGUCGAUCCAGCUGCCCAACUUUUUGCUGCCGCCGCAAGUGCACAACGAAGGCAACUAUGUCAUUAGCUUGGGCAAGCUCACGCGCUGGCUCGGCACGCAGGCCGAAGAGCUCGGCGUCGAGAUCUACCCGGGCUUUUCGGCGUCCGAGGUCUUGUACCGCGAGGAUGGCUCGGUGCGCGGUAUCGCGACGCGCGACGUCGGCCUCGAGAAGGACGGCACGCCCAAGGAGACGUUCGCCCGCGGCAUGGAGCUCCGUGGCCGCGUGACGCUCUUUGGCGAGGGCUGCCGCGGCUCGUGCAGCGAGGAAGUCAUGAAGAAGUUUGAGUUGCGCAAGGACGCGCAGCCGCAGACGUACGGCCUUGGCAUCAAGGAGGUGUGGCGCAUUCCCAAGGACAAGCACACGCCGGGCCUUGUCCAGCACACGCUCGGGUGGCCGCUGCAGUCGUCGCUCAUGGACAAGACGUUUGGCGGCUCGUUCCUCUACCACAUGGAGGAAGACCUGGUCCAGAUCGGCAUGGUCGUCGGCCUCGACUAUGAGAACCCGUACCUGAACCCGUACGAGGAGUUCCAGCGCUUCAAGACGCACCCGGCCGUCCGGUCGCACCUCGAAGGCGGCGAGUGCGUCGCGUACGGCGCCCGUGUCCUCAACGAGGGCGGCUACCACGCGAUCCCCAAGCUCUCGUUCCCGGGCGGUGCGCUCAUUGGGUGCUCGGCCGGCUUCCUCAACAGCAUCAAGAUCAAGGGUACGCACACGGCCAUGAAGUCGGGCAUGCUUGCGGCCGAGGCGGCGUACGAGGCGCUCACCAAGGACGGCGCCGAGCCAGUGGCCACCACGGGCGAGAUUGACGCGACCGAAGGCGCCGCCGACCUCUCGAGCUACGAAGGCGCGGUCGAGUCGUCGUGGAUCGCGGACGAGCUCAAGAAGGUGCGCAACUGCCACCAAGCCUUCCACUGGGGCACGCUUCCGGGUCUCAUCUACUCGGGUCUCUCGACGUUCAUUCUGAAUGGCAAGGAGCCGUGGACGAUUCCGACGACGACGGUCGACUCGGCCAAGACCAAGCCGGCCAAGGAGUGCACGCCGAUCGAGUACCCCAAGCCCGACGGCGUCUUGACCUUUGACUUGCUCUCGAACCUCCAGCGCAGCGGCACCAACCACGCCGACCAGCCCGCGCAUCUGCGCAUCAAGCCCGAGCUCAAGGACGUGCCCGCGAACGAGUCGUUCCCUGUGUACGCAGGCCCGGAGCAGCGCUUUUGCCCGGCCAAGGUCUACGAGUACACGGACGGCUCGGAAGACGGCGCGAACGGCAAGCCGCAGCUCGUCAUCAACGCGCAAAACUGCAUCCACUGCAAGUGCUGCUCCAUCAAGAUGCCCAAGGAGUACAUCAACUGGACGGUGCCCGAAGGCGGUGGCGGCCCGGCCUACGAAGUGCUCUAAAGCACGUGCUCUCAUCGUUUCUUCUCUUCCACUACACGUUGUCGCUCGACCUUUCUAACCCAUAAACAUCCCUAUUCCCCACUCGUG